AUGGGCCUUGGUGGAGGAUCAGGCAACGUUUCAUUUGCCAACCCCGCUUUCAGAGAGGCUUCUCAAGCAGCUCGCCGGGCCCGCUCCACAAAUGACCGCCUGAGCAAGGAUGCCCCUUCUCCCUCUAAACGCAGGGCUCGAUCACCUUCCGAUGAUUCUGAUUCGGAUGGCCAGCCGCUGGCUCAGAGACGUCGAUGUCGAGCCCUUCGUCCAGCGUCCGACUCAGGCCCGUCGUCUAUCCCUUCUCCUCCUCCAGCUGUAGCUGCCUCUCCUCCACCUCCCAUUGUGACUCCGCCUUCAAUCCUGAGCCAUGUAAAUGAUCCCCCUAUUCCGUCCAAUAUUCAGGUCGAGCCUCCGCUGGCUCAAGCUUCCGCAUCGCAGCAACCUCAAGGCGGUGAAGCUGGCCCCUCAAAACGCCCUUCAGUUACCCCUCCUGCAGCACCUCCUCAGGGUCCUUCUUCAGCUCCUUCUGGCUCAACUGCUGAGCCCUGCGCUCCUCCGGGCUCAGCCGCGGGUCAUUCAGAACCAUCCCCGCUUACUUAUCACUGUUACUGUACUACUAUCCCUUUUGAGGAGAGGUUAUGGUCCCGAACAGAUGUUCCCACUAGCUCCCUCAAGAUAAAAGGUCAUCUAGCCACUUUAUGA